AUGGCGCGCCCCGCACUCAACGCCAUCAGUCGCCUGCAUCUCCACCCGACACGCCACCCGCCUCGCCCCGCCCCGCCCCGCUUCACCAUGAAGGUUCUGGCUGUUGCUGUUCUGUGCCUGGCGGCCGCCGCGUUCGCCGAGGAGCCUGAGAAGAAACAGGAGAAGCGCGGCCUUCUGGGCCUGGGCUACGGUGGCUACGGCCACGGCCUGGGAGGCUACGGAGGCUACGGUGGCUACGGCCUGGGCGGCUACGGAGGCUACGGUCUGGGACACGGCAUCGGCUAUGCCGCCGCCCCCGUCGCCGUCGCCGCCCCCGCCAUCGCCCACGCCGCCCCCGUCGCCGUCGCCGCUCCCGCCGCCGUCACCACCGUCUCCAAGGUGAGCUACGGCACCACGCACAUCGCCCCCGCCCCCGUGGCCGUCGCCGCCCCCGUCGCCAAGGUGGCCGUGGCCGCCCCCGCCAUCGGCUACGCCGGUCACGGCCUCGGCCUCGGCGGCUACGGAGGCUACGGUCUCGGCCUGGGACACGGCAUCGGCUACGCCGCCCCCGCCGUCGCUAAGGUGGCUGUGGCCGCACCCGCCAUCGCCGCCGCCCCCAUCGGCUACGCCGGUCACGGACUCGGCCUGGGCUACGGUCUGGGUCUGGGACACGGCUACGGCUACCACGGCUGAGCAACUCAUCCCCAACUCACCCCGCCUCACCCCGCCUCGCCUCGCCUCGCCUCGCCAGCCGACAGCGCGGCCUCGUGGCACGCGCCAGCGGCACUCGGCACUCUGGACCGUCGUAACUUAUUGAGCGGAACGGGAAGACGAUCAGUCGCCCAGAAUGCUUUUUCACACUGCGCCACAGAAAAUUUCAUUUUACAUUUUGACUUCGGUCGCACUUCAUUGAAAAUAAACAGUUUUUUAUACAAAUAA